UUUUGUGUGACAUAGUGCGUGCGUACGGUGCGGGCGGGUGGCAGCGACACAAAAACGACGCGACUAAAACGCGUCAGGCCACCAAAUGGCAAAUAAAUAACAAUACAAACGAUUUAAAAACCCACAUAUAGGCGAGUGUAUGUACUCACAACGUUUAGGGAAAAAAAUAUCGUUGACGGCGGAUAACGUAUUAUUCGAAACAAGGACUCGUCGCUUACCAGUAUUUGGCCAAUUCGCACAUGGGUCCCAAUAGCAUGUCAAUGACAUUGGUCGACAGCGAAACUAUAUGCAUAAAUCUAAGAGCCUAUAUACGAGUAGUGCAAAAAUAAUAUGUUCAACGUUUGCAUAGACACGCUCGAAAAUAUGCCAGAGCCAAAGUUUGUGAGAGUGUUGGCUUAGGUGGCAGGAAGCGGCGGCGCAACAAGACGCUUUAAGGAGUAAGGACACACUACCAUGGAUUAUGCCCGUUGGUUGCUGCAGCUAGGCAUCCACAUGCUGUUGGCCAUGCGACGCAGUCAGUGUCUACUUGUGACUGACAUCAAUGUGCCACAAAUUGUUGAUUUUCGCGAUAACGUGACAUUAUCCUGCAGCUAUGACAUAAGUGGUCACACGUUAAAUUCGGUUAAGUGGUACAAAAACGACAGCGAGUUUUUUAGAUAUGCGCCGCUAAUGCAGACCGUUUUCCGAAAGUUCCCGGUGCAGGGCGUGCAAUUGAUCGAUGAUAGCAACGAAUGCAAUGAAUCCUCGUGUCGUGUGGAGCUUAAUUUAUUGGGCGUCAAAUCAUCGGGCGUCUACAGGUGCGAAGUGUCCGGCGAUGCGCCACACUUUAAGCUAACCGCACGCUCCGCCAACAUGAGUGUCGAGGCGUUGCCUCAAAACAAUCCACUCAUCAGCAGCUUUCACUCCAUGUACCGUUUCGAUGAUUUCGUCCAGGUCAAUUGCAGCACUGACUUUUCCAGCCUCUUGACCACAAUCACCUGGUAUAUAAAUGGCGUGAAGGCAUCUCUGGCGGAUCUGCAGCCCAUUGUGGAGACCACAAUUGCAGCACACGAUUACAAUCUGCGACGCAUAAUAUCGCAGCUGAACUUUUAUGCCAACGAUCCGCGUUUCCAUCAGCAGCGACAGCAACAGCAAAAGCUUGCUUCUCCAAUGCGACUUGGAUUGGAUCUGCGUUGUGUGGCCGAGAUCGAGAGUUAUCCACUAUUAACCCGCGAGACGAGUCUGCAGGCGCUGGUCUUUCGUGAUGAUAUCGAUCUGAAGAACCAGAAAUCAUUCAAGUCAGCUGCAGCUGCUGCAGGUGUCGCUCUGAUCGGCGCUCAGUUGCUGCUGGCAGCGGCAACCGCAACGGCAGCCGCCAUCAGCACACAAUGGCUCUUGUUGCCACUGACAUUUCAAUAUGGCGGACGGAAGUUGACACGCUACAAAAUGGCAUCCGGAAUGACAGCAGCGACGGCGGCGACGUCAGCGAUUGCAACCAGCCAUUAGGGCUUUUGGUUUUUGUUUGUCUUUAUGCUUUUCUGUUUUAGAUUUUCGUUUGUAUACAUUUUCUAGCUUUAAGCAAACUGAAAUGCACGUGAGAAUUUACAAAAACACAAAACAACAACAACUACAACUUACAAAAGAACUUAAAACUACAGCUGAUAUGCAGGAUAUGCGUGUCACUCGAUAUACAUAAUAUAUAUUGUAACUUAAGUCGCGAAAAGCCAAACUGUGUAAAUAGCCUGUAAGUAUGCAAUACAAUUAAAAGUCACCAAUAAAUAUGCAA